CGCAUGUGUGCAGCAUUCCGAAGUCUCUCGUUUGCGUUCAGCUUUUCAGCUCCCCCCCCGCCUCGUGAAAGCCAAAGGUAUAUAAUAGUGGGCGGGGAACACUUGAAUCCAACCUUUUGUGUGUCUUAAAAGUCUUUAUAGCUUCUACAUUCGUUGCUUGUAAUAGUUUUGCAUACAACUAUUGUAUUCCUAUCCGAGCUUUUUGCCGCAGACGGCGCUACAACCACUGGGCCAUCCACUCUGUCGAACCCUUUCGCACUAGUUAGUCUUUUGCUAGUGACCAGGACUCAUCUUCGAGUUCAUUUCUCUCGAUAAAGGGAAACUUGUUCUUCCACGAAGAACAAUUGGCCCUCUACCGGUGUUAGUGACGUAAGAAAUUCGUCUCUUUUUAUCGUCCAGGGCUGUAGAUGUAGGGUUUUUUUCAGUCGUCGAGUGUGUCUUUCUGCGUGUGUGUAGGUGUCCAGUGUGUGUUUGCGCGUCGCUCCUGCGUGCCCGUCUCUGUCGAUGUAAGAAAAAGUAAACGAGCUACAGUAGAUCACAAACAGCCAACGAACGUGUACGUCUCAUUCGUCGAUCAACUGCUGCCCACUGCAGAGAUCCUUUUUUUUUUUUAGCCAACGCAUUUGUUUCAAAUACGCACACAUCCAUUCAUUUUUCUAUCGUGGAAAUUUUUGUUAGACAUUUUUAAAAUUUUUGCCAGAAAAUUCUUUCACAUUCCUCUGGCGUUGAACAAUUUUAUAUUGUGAUUAGUGUUGUAUGUUUUAAGUGUUCCAAAAGCGUUGCAGUGUCUCAUCGAAGAGAAAUCCUUUGUGUCCAAGUGCUGGUGAUGCGUCAAUUCGAUUGAAGUGUUUGUGCAAAUAACGGCUGUGAUCAUUUAAAAAGAGCUAAAGAAGAAUAUCGAAUCAAACACACAUGUACGCCGCCCAGCAAGUGAUUGGCCCAGCUUUCCUCUACAUUUCGCUCAAUGGACAACAUUGAGGAUGGAUGGGACGGCGCUGUUGCUGCUGACGCUCGUCGCGUUGUUGAUGGUGAAUGCCCGCGAGCGGACCGCAUCGUCAGCAUCGGCUUCCUUCGCACAAACGGCUCCUGUUGAUGACUGGCAGGGCUUAUUUGGCGCUCCGGCAGUUGUUUCUUCUGCUCUUGCAACUCUAACGCAUUUAUUAGUGCAGUCCAAUCGCAUCUUCUAGUCUCUCUGUGCCUCUUCUCCCUCCCCCUUCUCCUUUUUAUUUUUUUUUAAUUUUUAUUUUAUUCAAUUCGAUUCGGAUUUCCGUUUUCAUCACACGGCUGGAGUGAUGUACGCGGAUCAGUGUUGGGUGCGGCGGAUCGACUGAUAAAAAAAAAAAAAAAAAGAAUAAAGGAGCUCAUUGUGUGAAAUCAGUGUCAUCAUCGCCCGCAGGGAAAUUCGAAGCUCUUAGGCGAAAGUGUGUUAGCCUACGGGGCAAAAAAACAAACAAACAAAAAAAAACAGUCGAUUUGAAAGCAACGAAAGACUUUUGGUUGUUAUAAUAUUAUACUAUAAUUCCGGCCGUCCUGAAGAAAGAAUUCAAAACAAAGUGAAAACAUUUUUUUCUUGAGUGAAAGAAAACAGAAGCAAAUCCAGCGGCUUGCCUGCACGCAACUUAAAAGUGGCAACCAGCCAAUCGCCGCAGGGGCCGUCCUGUCUAAACAGGGUGCGUAGUGAUUGAUUGGAGAGUGCUGUGGCCGUGAGUCUAAUCAACUCGUUGGCCGGGGGACUCGCAUCAUGGUCGGCGAUCACGAAACGGAGAGCAAUGAAGACGAAGAGGAGCGACCGGCGUUCUGUCCGUACACGCGCGAGUCCCUGGUCCAAUCGGAGGCGCGGAUCGCCGAAGAAGAGGCCAAGAGGAACGAGCGCAAAAAGAAAGCGGAGGAGAGCGAGAUGCGCUACGAUGAAGAUGAUGAGGACGAAGGACCGAGAGCUGAUCCGACGCUGGAGCAAGGCAUGCCGUUACCAAUCCGAUUGAACGCCGUCUAUUCGCCAGAACUGACCGCCGUCCCCAUAGAAGACAUCGAUCCUUACUACAAAAAUCAAAGGACGUUCGUAGUCAUCAGCAAAGGCAAAGACAUUUACCGGUUCAGCGCAACGGACGCCAUGUGGCUCCUGUCGCCGUUCAAUCCUAUCCGGCGAGUGGCCAUCUACGUCCUGGUCCAUCCGCUCUUCUCCUUCUUCAUCAUUCUGACCAUCCUCACCAAUUGCAUCCUCAUGAUCAUGCCGCCCAACGCCUUCAUCGAAUCCACCGAGGUGAUCUUCACAUCGAUCUACACGUUCGAGUCCGCGGUCAAAGUAAUGGCCCGCGGCUUUAUCUUGAAACCCUUCACAUAUCUUAGAGAUGCAUGGAAUUGGCUCGACUUCAUUGUCAUUGCCUUAGCGUACGUGACGAUGGGAAUCGAUCUGGGCAAUCUGGCGGCACUGCGGACGUUCCGAGUCUUGCGAGCGCUCAAAACCGUCGCCAUUAUCCCAGGUUUGAAGACUAUCGUCGGAGCUGUGAUCGAGUCGGUGAAGAACCUGCGCGACGUCAUCAUUUUGACGCUCUUCUCGCUGUCCGUCUUCGCCCUACUAGGCUUGCAGAUCUAUAUGGGCGUAUUGACGCAGAAAUGCAUCCGCUCCUUCCCCGACGAUGGAUCAUUCGGCAAUCUGACCGACGUCAAUUACGAGGCCUUUGUUUCAAAUUCUUCCAAUUGGUAUAAGGACGAGAAUGACAACUAUCCUCUUUGCGGCAAUUCCUCCGGCGCUGGGCCGUGUCCGGAAAACUUUACGUGCCUGCAGGGUUACGGCGACAACCCCAACUACGGUUACACGUCGUUCGACAGCUUCGGCUGGGCGCUGCUCUCCUCCUUCCGGCUGAUGAUGCAGGACUACUGGGAGAACUUGUACCAGCUGGUGUUGAGGACGGCCGGCCCGUGGCACAUGCUCUUCUUCAUCGUCAUCAUCUUCCUCGGCUCAUUCUAUCUACUCAAUCUCAUCUUGGCCAUCGUCGCCAUGUCGUACGAUGAGUUGCAGAAGAAGGCCGAGGAAGAGGAGGAAGCGGCUCUCUUGGAGGAGGAAGCCAUCAGGGUAGCGGAAGCGGCGGCGGCGACGCGGGAGGAAGAACGCGAAGCCCGGAUGAACAAAUCACCUUCGGACUUUUCUUGUCAAAGUUACGAAAUGUUCGUCGGUGGCCAAGGAGCACCGCCGGACGGUAGGAGCUCCUUGGCCGGCGGUCCGGCUGGUGGCAACGGUCACGGCGGUUGCGGAGCCGACGGUGACUACAGCAUCCGCGAAAAGAUGAGCAUCAAGUCGGAUGACGUCGAUUCCCUGUUGGGAGGCGGCAACGUCAGCGACUCGCGAAUGAAAAUCAACGGCCGUGUCCGCAAAGCGAGUCUCAGUUUACCUGGAUCGCCGUUCGCCAUGCGUCGCUCGUCCAGGGGUAGUCACCAGUUUACGUGGCGAAACGGGCCUCGGCGAGUGGGCGGCGCCAACAACAACAGCAGUAGCGGCGACCGUAAACCACUCGUCCUCUCCACCUACCUUGACGCUCAAGAGCACCUGCCGUACGCCGACGACUCGGCGGCCGUCACGCCCAUGUCCGAGGACAACGGCGCCAUCGUCGUACCUCAUUACGGCCUCAACAAUCUCGGUUCGAGGCAGGCGUCGUACACAUCGCACAUGUCUCGGAUGUCGUACAAUUCUCACGGGGAUCUGCUCAACGGCAAGCCGCCGGCCAUGAGCGGCGGCGGCGGCGGCGGCGGCGGUGGCAAGGACUAUCGAUCCGCCGCCAACAGGGUGGCCGCCAGCAGUGCUUAUGCCAACGCCUCCAGUGCCAGCAGGCCAACGCUCGUGCCCGAUCUGGUCGUCGAGCACAGCCGCCACUACCAUCAUCAUCACAAUCAAAAUCAUGAUUACGAUCACAAUGCCGUGGACAAUCCUUUUAUCGAGCAGAGCCAGAAACACGCCAUCGCUCAUCACAAAGUCGAUGAUGAUUUAGAUGCCAUAGCAAUGCAAGACAUGGGACCGGAGCGCAUGGUCCGCCAUCAUCACGGGGAGCAUCGAGAACAUCGUCUCCAUUCACACGCGAUGAAUGAAGAGGAUGAAGGUCCCAAGAUCAAGGAGCGGCUGCUGGCUCUUUCGCUCAAGUGGUUGGACAUUUGCUGUGUGUGGGACUGCUCGCCUUACUGGGUCAAGUUCCAGAAGCUCAUCAGCCUUUUCGUCUACGACGCGUUCAUCGAGCUCUUCAUCACGUUGUGCAUCGUCGUCAACACGCUUUUCAUGGCACUCGAUCAUCACGGCAUGAACGAGGAGAUGAACCGCGCCCUCAAAAUGGGCAACUACUUUUUCACGGCUACUUUUGCUAUUGAAGCCACGUUUAAAUUAAUCGCCAUCAGCCCCAAAUUCUACUUCAAAGAGGGCUGGAACAUUUUCGAUUUCAUCAUCGUCUUCUUGUCGCUCCUCGAGCUCGGCUUGGAAGGCGUUUCAGGCCUCUCCGUCCUUCGCUCAUUCCGAUUGCUACGAGUAUUCAAAUUGGCGAAAUCUUGGCCGACGCUCAAUUUGCUCAUUUCCAUCAUGGGAAAAACGGUGGGCGCGUUGGGUAACUUGACGUUCGUCUUGUGCAUCAUCAUCUUCAUUUUCGCCGUCAUGGGCAUGCAGCUCUUCGGCAAAAAUUAUAUCGACAACGUCGACCGGUUUCCAGACAAGGAAAUGCCACGUUGGCAUUUCAUAGAUUUCAUGCACUCGUUCAUGAUUGUAUUCCGAGUGUUGUGCGGUGAAUGGAUCGAAUCCAUGUGGGACUGUAUGUUGGUCGGCGAUUCCACCUGCAUCCCGUUCUUCCUGGCAACUGUCGUCAUCGGCAACCUUGUGGUGUUGAACCUCUUUUUAGCCUUGCUGCUCAGCAGCUUCGGCGCGUCGAACCUUUCGGCGCCACAGGUGGACAACGACACCAACAAGUUAACGGAGGCCUUCAAUCGGAUAUCCCGUUUCAAACACUGGGUGAGACGUUCCAUCGUCAACGGCUUCCGUAUGGUCCGAUCGAAACUGACCAACCAGAUCUCCGACCAGAGAGCGCCAGCGUUCCGGGAUAUAACGUACAUGAAACUCAGGCCAUUCUACAAGUACAUGUCCAACCGCGAGACGGAUGUGGAGAUGAACAAUACCGGUGCGGCUAAGAUGGCUAACAAUAGCGGCAGCAACGACGGCACAGCGCCGACGCCCGUCGAACUACAGUGCUACGACGCCGUAGACAGCGUCAUGCGCGAUGAAUCGAUGAGUAAAUUGAAAAACAAGAAGACGCCCAACAACGCUUCGGGUUGCAUCAUCGGAAUGAAUAGCACGAAGAAACGGCCCGACGAGCUCGUCCUCGACAUUGACUGCCGUAAAACCGUCAAAGACGAUGACACUAUCAGUUACCAAUCUUAUGGGAGCCAUUGCCACCGGAUAACGAGGGAUGACAGUCAUAAGGGUAGCUUACGGGUGCCCCCCCCCCCCCCCCCCCCCCCCCCCCCCCCCCCCCCCCCCCCCCCCCCCCCCCCCCCCCCCCCCCCCCCCCCCCCCCCCCCAAACGCAGAUGAUGUCGACGGUGAGAGCUUUAAAGGUGACGGGCCGGAAGAGGUCGAUGAAGAAGGUCGGUCGUUUGGAGACGGACACGAAGAUGGGACGGAUGGCGAAGAGGAGAAGGCUAUCCCGAAAAUAGCGGCUCGCGUGGACAGCGAAGAAGAUCCGCAAUACCCGGACGCUUGCUUCCCGGAUCAUUGGUACGAGAAGAUUCCCAUCAUCAAAGGCAAUGACGAGUCGCCGUUCUGGCAAGGCUGGGCCAUGCUCCGACUCAAGACCUUCCGGCUCAUCGAAAACAAGUACUUUGAGACGGCCGUCAUCAUCAUGAUCCUCCUAUCCAGUUUGGCUCUCGCUCUGGAGGAUAUUUACCUAUCGGAGAGGCCCGUCCUACAGGACAUCCUUUAUUACAUGGACCGUAUCUUCACCGUCAUCUUUUUCAUUGAGAUGCUCAUCAAGUGGCUGGCACUUGGCUUCAAGAACUACUUUACAAACGCCUGGUGCUGGCUCGACUUCAUCAUCGUCAUGCUCUCGCUGGUCAACUUGGCGGCUACUCUGGCCGGGGCGGCCGAUAUCCCAGCUUUCCGCUCGAUGCGCACACUGCGGGCACUCAGACCGUUGCGUGCCGUUUCGCGGUGGGAGGGCAUGCGUGUGGUGGUCAACGCGCUCAUCCAGGCCAUUCCUAGCAUUUUCAAUGUGUUGUUGGUCUGUCUUAUUCUUUGGCUCAUCUUUGCCAUCAUGGGAGUUCAAAUGUUCGCCGGUAAAUAUUACAAGUGUGUUGAUUCGGAAGGCGAAGUAGUCUCGGUCGAGUUCGUCAAGAACAAGACGCAGUGUUUAGAGAAGGCAGAGAGCAGCAAUUACACCUGGGAAAACUCGCCCAUGAAUUUCGACCACGUCGGCAAAGCUUAUUUGUCACUCUUCCAAGUUGCCACAUUCAAAGGCUGGAUGCAAAUUAUGAAAGAUGCCACCGAUUCUCGAGACGUGGACGAGCAGCCGAAGAGGGAGGUCAAUAUCUACAUGUACCUCUAUUUCGUGUUCUUCAUCAUCUUCGGCUCGUUCUUCACGCUCAACCUCUUUAUUGGAGUCAUCAUUGACAACUUCAACGAACAGAAAAAGAAAGCUGGUGGCUCGCUGGAAAUGUUUAUGACCGAAGAUCAGAAGAAAUACUACAGCGCCAUGAAGAAAAUGGGCUCGAAAAAGCCACUCAAAGCCAUUCCCAGACCUCAGUGGCGUCCGCAAGCGAUCGUCUUUCAAAUCGUCACCAAUAAAAAGUUCGACAUGAUUAUCAUGUUGUUCAUCGGGCUGAACAUGUUGACCAUGACGCUGGAUCAGUACAAGCCGGCCCAGAUCUUGUCCAACAUAUUGGACUACCUCAACAUAUUUUUCAUCGUCAUCUUCACGGCCGAGUGCAGUCUCAAAGUGUUCGCUCUUCGCCAUUACUAUUUUAAGGAGCCGUGGAAUCUGUUCGAUUUCGUCGUCGUCAUUUUGUCCAUAUUGGGUAUGGUAUUGAGCGACUUGAUCGAAAAGUACUUCGUGUCGCCGACAUUGUUGCGUGUUGUGCGAGUAGCCAAAGUUGGCCGAGUCUUGCGUCUCGUUAAAGGCGCCAAGGGUAUCCGGACACUACUAUUCGCCUUGGCCAUGUCUUUGCCGGCCUUGUUCAACAUUUGCCUGCUGCUCUUCUUGGUCAUGUUCAUUUACGCCAUCUUCGGCAUGUCGUUCUUCAUGAACGUCAAGCACAAGUCGGGCAUCGACGAAGUCUACAACUUUGAAACGUUUGGCAAAGCGAUGAUCUUGCUCUUCCAGAUGUCGACGUCAGCCGGAUGGGACAGUGUAUUGGAGGGCAUCAUCAACGAGGUCGAGUGCAAUUUGCCCAAUCCCGAAACAGGCGAUCCCGGCAACUGCGGUCACACCACGAUGGGCAUCGCUUAUUUGCUCUCCUACCUGGUCAUCUCUUUCUUGAUCGUCAUCAACAUGUACAUUGCCGUUAUUUUGGAGAAUUACUCACAAGCUACCGAAGACGUCCAGGAAGGUUUAACAGACGACGACUACGACAUGUACUACGAAAUUUGGCAGCAAUUCGAUCCGGAGGGCACGCAGUACAUUCGUUACGAUCAGCUACCCGAUUUCCUGGACGUGCUGGAACCGCCAUUACAAAUUCACAAGCCCAACAAGUACAAAAUCGUCUCGAUGGAUAUUCCCAUCUGUCGAGGAGAUUUGAUGUACUGCGUCGAUAUCCUGGACGCACUGACGCGCGACUUUUUCGCCCGCAAAGGCAACCCGAUAGAAGAACCGGUUGAAAUCGACGAAGCGGCCCAGGCCAUUGAACGACCCGGGUACGACCCGGUUUCGUCUACCCUGUGGCGACAGCGUGAAGAGUAUUGCGCCCGGCUCAUUCAGAACGCGUGGCGACGACAUCGUGAUAAACCGCGAGGAUCAGGCUCCACUGACGGCGAUGGUUGUAGCGGUGCGGGCAGUGAAACUGGCAGAAGGACGGGCGAAGCCGGGGCACACGACCCUUCAUCUAGUUCAGCCGUUGCUGGUGCAUCGAGUGACUUGCAACACCAACAAACGGCCAUCCUGAUAGACAGUGACGGAUACGCUACGAAAAACGGACACAAAGUAGUGAUUCAUUCACGAUCCUCGUCCAGUAUCAGUUCGCGGUCGACGGACGUAUGACCGCGACCAGCCUCGCCCUCCAUCAUCAGCUCAUCUUCUUCUUUUUAAAUUAUUUCAUAUGCUAUAUAUGGGGUAAUCGAAUCACACACACACACACACACACACACACGGAGCACUUUAACAGGUAGCGAGGCAAAUUCAAUUUCAAUUUGCUGCACAUUUUGAGACAGCAUUUGUUUUGGUUUUGGGUUUUUAUUUAUUUAUUUUUUUUUUGGCUUUUUCUCGUCCCUCCUCCUUCCGUCCUCGGAAGGCUUUCCCCCACUCCACUUGCCCGUUAUAUUCUUGAUGAUUGACUUCAUCCGAUAUCAAAGCUUAUUUAAAGAAUGCAUAUAUUCAGCACAACGGCAAAGGCUCAACGUUGCAGAAUUAUUUUCACAAAGACAAAUUGCAAUAUCAAA